ACUCCUGGAGACUCUGUCUGCUACGAAUAACGAAUCUUUGUACUCUGCUCUACCAAACCAAACCCAAAUCGCGUGCGCUAAAAAGCAAAAGCCAUCCAUGAUCCAUCUUGACUUGCAAGACUCGAAUAACAGCCCUUUUACGGUUUCUUUCUUGCGUUUGAGGAUCAAAAUCCUUCUUUGAUGGAAAUUUCUGCUCGAUCAGCUUCUUAGUGGCGCCUUGGCAAAUCCCUGCAAGAUGGUCCCGUUGACUGUUAAUAGAAAAAAAGUCAAAGAAUGGAUCAAAAGGGUGAUUUAGUUCUCAUUGGUGUGUCAGUUGGUGUGGCUGUUGGAAUUCUUAUUGCAUCACUUGUAUUCUUUGGUGUUCGAUGGUAUAAAUUACGAGCUCACCGUCGUCGCUGUGCAAAUGAGCAAUCUCAAGCAGCUCUUCCAAUACGUACAAAUGGCUUUGAUAUAAGCAUUGAGUCUAGUGCUUCUAUAAACAUCAAUAGACCACAAUACCCUGCCAAAAGUUCUCAACAAAGCUGGUGGACUCGCCCAAGUAAAGAUCAGUUUACCUCAGCAUCAGGCAUACCCAGAUAUGCUUACAAGGACAUUCAAAAAGCUACAGAAAACUUUACAACCGUCCUGGGACAGGGAUCUUUUGGUCCAGUAUACAAAGCUACAAUGCCAAGUGGUGGAGUGGUUGCUGUAAAGGUCCUUGGUAUCAACUCUAAACAAGGGGAAAAAGAGUUCCAGACAGAGGUUACACUUUUGGGCAGGCUUCAUCACCGUAAUUUGGUGAAUUUAGUUGGAUAUUGUGUUGAUAAAGGACAGAGGAUGUUGAUCUAUGAAUUCAUGAGUAAUGGAAGUUUGGCAAACCUUUUAUACGAUGAGGAACGGACUUUGAGUUGGGAAGAAAGACUGCAAAUUGCUCUUGAUAUUUCACAUGGCAUCGAAUAUCUUCAUGAUGGGGCUGUGCCACCAGUGAUACAUCGGGAUUUGAAGUCUGCUAAUAUUUUGCUAGAUCAUGCUAUGAGAGCUAAGGUUGCUGAUUUUGGACUGUCAAAGGAAGAGGUAUAUGAUGGCAGUAUUUCAGGCCUUAAAGGAACAUAUGGCUAUAUAGAUCCCAUGUAUAUAUCAACAAACAAGUUUACUACAAAGAGUGAUGUUUAUAGCUUCGGUAUCAUCCUCUUUGAAAUUAUCACGGCUAUUCAUCCACACCAAAACUUGAUGGAAUAUGUCAAUCUUGCGUCUAUGAGCGCAGAUGGUAUAGACGAGAUUGUUGACAACAGAAUUGUUGGGACAUGUAACUCAGAAGAAGUAAGGAAUCUGGCUGCAAUUGCUCACAAGUGUUUGAAGAAAGCGCCUAGAAAACGUCCAUCAAUCGGAGAAAUCUCCCAUGCAAUAUCAAAGAUAAAACAGAGGGGUCUUGUCAGAGAAGAUACUAUGUCUUUUGCCCAAGAUGACAUUUCAAGAAUGGCAAGUAGGAUUGAAAGGCAGCAAACGGAAUUGAGAAGUAUGGCUAGCAUAAGUGAGAGAGAAGGUGAAUGAAAGUCUUCCAUUCCUACUGUAGUAGAAAUAUCCAAUAAUCUUACACACAUUCAUGAUUAAAGAUAAAACCAUGUAAAUCUCCACUCCAUAGCUUUUGACAUCUACAAAGUUUUGCAGUGAUAUGAUCUUCCUCAAGUGAAAAUCUGAUACAAUUUUAUAGUUUUGGUGAUUGAAGUUGACCACAAUUCAUGUGUGA